CCCUCGGCAGCUCCAGCUCCGGCCCUCCCCGUCCCCCGCCAUUUCAGACCGGGACGGAAAGGGACGCGGAGCGGGCGCCGCGCGCGGCGGGCAGGGAGACGCCGGCGUGCUCCCGCGGCCCGCAGAGCGCCGGGCAGGUCUGCUAAAAAAUGACAGAGUAUAAGCUUGUUGUCGUUGGAGCUGGUGGUGUGGGCAAGAGCGCCUUGACAAUACAGCUCAUUCAGAACCACUUUGUGGAUGAGUAUGACCCUACCAUAGAGGAUUCCUACAGAAAGCAAGUAGUAAUUGAUGGGGAAACCUGUCUCUUGGAUAUUCUUGAUACAGCAGGUCAAGAAGAAUAUAGUGCAAUGAGGGACCAAUAUAUGAGAACAGGAGAAGGCUUCCUGUGUGUAUUUGCUAUAAACAAUACAAAAUCUUUUGAAGAUAUUCACCAUUAUAGGGAACAAAUAAAAAGAGUUAAAGACUCUGAAGAUGUCCCAAUGGUGCUAGUAGGAAACAAAUGUGAUUUGCCUUCCAGAACAGUAGAUACAAAACAAGCUCAGGAUUUAGCAAGAAGUUAUGGAAUUCCUUUUAUUGAAACAUCAGCAAAGACAAGACAGAGAGUGGAGGAUGCUUUUUAUACAUUGGUGCGAGAGAUUCGACAGUACAGAGUGAAAAAAAUCAGCAAAGAAGAAAAGACUCCAGGGUGCAUGAAAAUUAAAAAAUGCCUUGUAAUGGGUGUUGACGAUGCCUUCUAUACAUUAGUUCGAGAAAUCAGAAAACACAAAGAGAAGAUGAGCAAAGACGGUAAAAAGAAGAAAAAGAAGACAAAGACAAAGUGUAUAAUUAUGUAAAUACAGUGUAUCCUUAUUCUUAAGACGUACUGAAGUAAUUUUUGUACAUUACACUAAAUUAUUAGCAUUUGUUUUUAGCAUUACUUUACUUUCUGCUUCAUGAUCCUGUUAGCUUUACCUGAAUGCUUGUUUUAAAUGACAGUGGAAACUUCAUUCCUCUUAAAGUGCCAGUAUUCUUUGAGUGUUGGUUCUUGAACUAGCAAUGCCUGUGAAGAAAAAUAAAAACAGAAAAAAAACACACAAAAACCUGAGAACUGUCUUAGGACUCUUUGGUGCAUGCACAGUUGCUAACUUACUACUUUUCUUACUGAUUGUGAACUUCUGUUCUGUGUGUAAACAAAACAAUGAAAUGAUGCUCUACAUGUUCUAACAUCCCCCUUAAUUUUUACUAUUUUUUAUUUUUUAAAUCUGGUUGGGAAAACAGACUAGUUAGCAAACAAAGAAUUUAUUUUCAGAUUUUCUUUUAGUUUAGACUGACUGCAAUAUAGAGAGACCAGAAGCCUUUAUAGUCUUCCUGUAGAUUUUGCUUCUAGGCAUCUAGUCUUGUAGCAUUUCAGAUCAACUUUAUUGAAUGUAAAGAUAAAACUUUCACAAAAAAUUUUUUUCACUGCAAUUUGUCUCAGUCACUCCUUAAAUACUAUAUUUUUUCUAUUAAAAAAAAAAAAAAGAAAAAUUAAAAAAAAGACACUAAUGCACAUCUGGCAAUGGAAAAAGUAAAAGUUCUGAUUAGAUUGAUUUCCUGUUGUUAAUGUAUUGCUUUAAAACUUUCACUGAACUUUUUCUGUCUGAAGACACCAAGGUGAAAUCUUAGCUCUGCUGAGCUCCCAGGUAGUUCAGUAGGAUGAGAUUUCACCCUUAGUGUCUCCAGAAAAUACUAGAAAGCCUUAAUAGAUAAGUUGAUUCAAUUUCUUAGGUUACUUCAUACAUGGAUCCAGAAUUUAUCAUAAGAAUUAAAUCAGAAUGAAUCCUAAAUUGUAUAGUAAAUCAAAACCAUUUGAUUUUUUUUCCCCAAGGGUGGCAUGAAAUGUUUCCACAUGCCCAUUUUAUGUAAAAAUAGGAGCGGAAUUUUAAAUUCUAGUAACCUCAAAUCAGUGAAUGAAUGAGCUUGAACUUAGCUGCUUCAUGCAAAUAAUUUGGAAAUCCACUAUGCCAUAAAAAUGGUGUGGAAUUUGCACUAAUCUUCAGCAUAGAACAUGGUUUCCAGAUUCAGUGUUGUUUAUGUGAUGUCUGUGAAGUGCUAGUUUUGUGGCACAGAUUAAAUGGUUGGUGAGUGGCAUUCCAAUGUCUAGACUGUCAUGAAAAUAGACCAAGGUUUUAAUGUUGUCUUUCUCCGUGAUUAAGUCUCUUGUGAUUCUUUUUUUUUUUUUUUUUUCCUUUCUGAUCAGAAUUAAUGCAGAAUUCAGGUUUCCUUUUUGGUACUGUAGUCUAACUAUUCUGCACCCAAGUAAGAGCUAGUGUUUGCAGUGCUGCCUGUUCCUGUUUUCUUCCUGCAAAAGUUACAGCGCUAGGCUGUGUUAGUUGCCUCAGUGCCAUAAGGCUCACUGGUACCCAGUCAGCUGCAGAACAGAAUUGGAAGCGUGAGUUCGUGUACCAAAAGUAAAACAGAAGUCACUGAAGGAGGGUGGUACAGGACAGUGCACUGGUAAGUUCUGAAAGCUUGGAAAAGGGAAUAGCAGCAUUGCCCAAACUUAACCUAUAACUAAACCAUUACGUGGAAAAUUUACACAGUAUCGCUUGAAUCUACCAGUGUAACUUAGACCAUUUGUGUGAUGUCAAAGGUGCGACUGCAGGCACACAUUUUGCUUCCUACAGCAAAAAUCAGCAGUGACUGUUAGGUGGAGAGCUGCAAAGCUGGCAGGGGAAGUGUGCUGUCUGCAUUGCUGCACGUUCUUUCAUGCGCCUGAGAAGUUAACAAAUGAGUGCCUUUCCCUGCCUGCACUGACUGCUCUCCCAGCCCCCCAUCAGCCCCCAUCUUUUCAGCAUCAGUGUGAGAUAUAUUUUAGCUUAUGAAAAAGAAAAUUGAAAAAUUGUAACAGGAGAACAUAACUUUAUACCUGUUAAGGGCCAACGAGGAAUACUGAUAAAUUUUUAAUGUCCUACAACAUUUUACAGCUUCCAAGGCUAAAAACAUUUUGGAGGCAGUUAUUUGCACGUUGUAGUUAGUAUAUGAUUAGAUAUGAGGAAGAUAGCAAAGCUGGAUAGUAUACCUGAGCUAACAACAGCGAUCUUAAGGUGAUUUUAAAGAUUUUUGGUAACCGAGUCAUACUGUAUGUAAAACUCUGAAAUUCUCACGUUAAUUUAACUAAAAAUUGUUGGGGGAAAUAAAUUUAGCAGAAAUAUCUUAAUAAUCAAGCGUGGAUUGAUACAGCUCUGCUAUCAAGAUAUAUAUAAAAUAAGUUUUUCAGUAAGUCUGAUCUGUAGCUACCAAUCUAAUCGAAUGGUUAUAAAAUUGCCCUAUAAUAGCCCUUAUUGACUUAAAGGAAAAAAAAAAAAAAAAGAAAAA